CAAACAGUAACACGAGUUCAUCACGAUUAACUACGAAAUGUUUAAAGUCAAUUUUCUUUUCCUUAUGACUGGCUCAUUGUUUAGCCUUCUGGCAGCCCAGUCCAUUAACAUAGAUUUGUUGUGUUCCUUGGCACCCAAUACCACAAUUCUACAGCCCAAUAGUUGUACAGAAUGGUUAAAAUGUCCCAGUACUAUAGGAGCAACUGAUAUGGAAAAGGGUUCUUGUGUUGUUGGCAUGUACUUUAAUAAAAAUACGGGCAAAUGUGAUAAUAAGGAGAAUGUUCAGUGUCCUUUUGAAAUUAGCACCAAAAAUCGUUGUUCUUCGGCAACUGAAGGCUCAUUCUUAGUAGAUGAGAACAAUUGCCGUGGUUACAUCUAUUGUCAAAAUGGUGUAGAAAUUAAAUCAGUUUGCCCUCAAAAUUUAGUAUUUGAUCCCGAUAACAAGGCUUGUGUUUAUCAACAUCAAUAUAAGUGCCCCCUAGGUAUAAACAAAAAUGGCAGCAAUCCUCUCUGCUUGUCUUUGCCCGACAAUAUGUUCUUUGCCCAUCAAGACGAUUGCUCUAAAUAUAGUCAAUGUCAAAAGGGUGUGCUCUCCACCCAUUCCUGUAAUAAAAAUUUUGCCUGGGAUUAUGUAGAAGGUAAUUGUGUGCCUUUGGAAGAAGCUGUCUGUUUGCCUACAGCUCAAAAACCCGAACCAGAACUUAAGGUAUGUGUGGAUCGUGUUGGUCCUGUUCCUGAUGAUCAUUCCUGCAGCGGUUAUUAUUUCUGCCGCCAAAUGUCUAAUGAUACUCACGAUCGUAAGCCAGAACAUUUUACUUGUGCAGCGGGUACCUUCUUCGAUUCGAACACACUUUCGUGUCGCAAUCGUUUAAAUGUAAAAUGUUCUCUGGAUCGUUGUGAGGGUAUGGGUAAUAAAUAUGUUAAUGUUGCUGGAGAUUGCAGUUCGUAUGUCUUGUGUCAAAAUGGUGUGGCUGGUGUACGAAAUUCCUGUCCCAAAGAUCAUUAUUUUGAUGAGCGUACCCAAGGUUGUACACCCCAGGUUGUCAGCUUUGCAGCUUGUGCGCCUUAA